AUGAAUUUAAGUAAUAGAACAGGUCCAGUUAAAGACGAACUAAUGGUGAUACAACCACAAGGUGUCACACAUAUGAUCCCUCAACAAUAUCAGAUGGCUAAUGUACAACUAUUACAACCUCAGCUAUAUCAGUCACUGCCACAACAGUUUCAACCUCAGCUAUAUCAACCGGCUCCCGUCUUCCAACAACAGCAACAACAACAACAGCCUAAUAUUUCUUACGCUACUAGUAUGCCUCAGACACAAAGACCUGUGACUGUACUUCCGCCUAUUAAGGAUCUUUUGUAUAACACAUACACUCCAGUUCAACCACAAGUACAACCACAACAGUCUAGUGCUAAUGGUAGUGCUCAGGGUUCUAACAAUACCGGUUCUCCUUUAGGUAAUGCAAUUCCUCCAACUCCAGGAAGCAUUAAUAAUAAUUAUACUACCAUUUCUGGCGAUGUAGAUGGAGGUAUCGUUUCUCAAGGUAAUAAUACCGUUCAAUGUAAUACUACAAACACUAAUUCUAUGGCUAAUACGAAUAACAUUACUGGUGUUUCAAACGUUGCUGGUUCAACAACAGUACCAACUUUACAAGAUCCACAAUUUUUAAAUAAAUUACUUGUUGAAUAUAACAAGUUAUCUUCGGAAUUAAAGUCUUUAAGAGGUGAAAAUAAAUUGGAUAAUAAUAAUAAACAAUUACCAUCCUUACAAGUUUUAACCCAACAAAUUCCAAAUAGUGUUGAUCACAAUAAUUCCACAAAUACUAAUAAUACUAAUUCCAAUAAUAAUAUGAUUCAAAAUAGGCAAAGUCCUAUUAUUAACCCAAUGGUGAAUGGCAACACUACCGAAUCAAAUAACUCUGGAAGUUAUUACAUCCAAAAGGCUAACAGUUACCCACAUUCUCCUUUAACCCCACCAAUGUCUUUAUAUUCUGCUCAACAACAACAACCAAUGCUUCAUACAAGUAACAGCACUAGCACUCUAUUCACCGCUCAAGCAUUAUGUUCUAUCACGAAGGAUCAAAAAAAGAAAAUCCUGAAGAAAAGAAUGUGCAACAAAAAGAAGAAGAACGUUAGACUAAUAAAAUGUUUCCAUUGUGGCGAAGUUCAAACUCCUGAAUGGAGACGUGGUCCUUACGGUAAUAGAACUUUAUGUAAUGCAUGUGGUCUGUAUUAUAGAAAACUUAUCAAACGGUUUGAUACCAAGAAUGCUAACUUGAUAAUGAGAUUCAACAAACUAAUUAAUCCUAUGGAUAGAAGAAUUCCACUGAAUGUCAAUGUUCCAAACAACAUUAUAGAAAAAUUUAACAAUGAUGCCACAUUAGAUUCCGAUUACUACUCCAUCAGAGAGUCCAUUUAA